AUGGCAUCUACCCAACACGUCGACGUCCGACACCUUUCAGCUUCUUCCCUUAUUGCAGCCGUGCCACAGCUCUUUCAACUUGCAAGUAGCCGUACUCCAGCAGUGGUGAAUGUCUCUGCAGGCCAUCAAUCCUCCGACGCUAUUGCCCAAGUGAUGGCUGUGAGCCAAAGUGGUCUUGCUUUGUUGUGUUCCACCACUGACCAAGAAGCACGCGAUCUCGCCACCAUUGCUACCGUUGCAGCCAUCAAGACACGCACACCAUUCCUUCAUUUCCACGACACCACCGGCUCUUCCAUUGAAGCUGACAAUACCAUUGUACGCAAGCUUGUCACCGAUGAGGAAUUGGAGGCUCUCAAGACACAGCAGGAACAACAACAACAACCACAAUCAGCAGCACAAACAGCCUAUCUUCGAUACAAGUCAAGCAAGCCUGAGGAUGCAUUGGAUGUGUUUGCUUCAUUGAAGGAGGUGUUUGCUUCGUUUGCUUCAACAACGGGUCGAGAAUACGCUGCGUUUUCUUAUGUGGGAGAUGCUGAUGCUGAACAUGUGGUUGUAUCCAUGGGUGCAGCUGCUGAUGCUGUUGAGCAACGUAUCAAAAAGAAUGGUGCUGCCAAGGUGGGCGUCCUCAAGAUUCGUGUGUAUCGUCCUUUCUCUGCAUCCGAAUUAUUCAGUCAAAUUCCCAAAUCGGUCAAGCGCAUCGCUGUGUUGGAACCCCAGGAUUUCACUGCUUCGUGGAACCCUGUGUUUUUGGAAGUGGCUGCUGCAUACCAAGUGGCAGGUGAUGAAGAGGUGGACAUUGUGAGUGCUCAAUACGCUUCUCUUGUCAAUGAAGCUGCUGUGGAUGCCGUAUUGGAUCAACUCAACAAGGCUCAAGUGGAACGUCGUUUUGUUGUUGGUGAACCUGCUGCUGCUGCUGCUGCUUCAAAGACCUCUGCCAAUGCACAAGAACCCGUGGAGACACCUUAUAUCAAGAUGCUCGACCAAGUAUUCCAAGAUCGUCUUGAGAUUGCCAAUGCUGUCAACAGUGCCUCGAUUUGGUCUCCUGAUGCUUCCAAGCCCGAAACGGCUACUCCCGAAUAUGGUUUCGGCAAGUUGAUCAACAAGAUCCAAGAACGUGCUCGUUUCAUUGAUGCUGUGGAAAAGGCUGUCAAGGACACUUCUCUUACCGUGGAUGCUCAAAAGUCCUUGUCCCAAUGGUUAUUGCUCGCCAAGUCCAACAAGCACCAGCCUGAACAAGUGGAUGCCGCUGCUGUUGCUGCUGUACAGGCUUUGGAGGGUGAUGACAAGGCCAAGGCUUUGUUGGCACAAAAGGAUCUUCUCAAGGCCAAAUCCAAUUGGUUGAUCGGUUCCGAUUCUUGGGCUUAUGAUUUGGGUCAAUCGGGUGUUCAUCAUGUUAUCACUUCAGGCGAGAAUGUUAACAUGUUGAUUGUGGAUACCACUCCUUAUUCGUCACCUGUUGAAAAGGAGAACCGCAAGAAGGAUAUUGGCUUGUAUGCUAUGAACUUUGGCUCGGUGUAUGUUGCUUCGGUGGCUAUCUAUUCUUCCUACACUGGUGUCUUGCAUGCUUUGCUUGAGGCUGAUGCCUACAAGGGUCCUUCCAUUGUCAUUGCCUAUUUGCCAAAGGCCGAAGAACGCAGCUCGUUGGAGACUCUCAAGGAAACCAAGGUGUCCGUUGAUAAUGGUUCUUGGCCACUCUACCGUUGGAAUCCCGCUCUUGAAGCUGAAAACAAGGAGCCUUUCACUUUGGAUUCUCAACGUAUCAAGAAGGAUCUUGAAGAUUUCCUCAAGCGUGAAAAUCAUCUUACUCAAUUGGUUGCUCAAAAUCCUGAUAUUGCCAAUGCUCUUGUAAGCUCUUUGGAAUCGGAUGUCAAGAAGCGCCAUGAUGCAUUGAAGGCAAAGGCACGUGAUGAUUAUGCAAAGUUGUUGGCUGGUCUUUCUGGCAAUGCCAAUGGUCCUCCUCUUCUUGUUCUCUUUGGUUCCGACAAUGGCAAUGCUGAAGGUCUUGCAAAGAAGAUUGCUACUCGUGGCAAGUCUCGUGGUCUUAAGACCAAGUUGAUGGCUAUGGAUGAUUAUGGAGACAUUCAAGACUUGGCUGGCGAGACCAAUGUUGCUAUUAUUUGCUCUACUGCAGGUCAAGGUGAGAUGCCAUCCAACGCUCGUGAAUUCUGGAAGGCAUUGAACGGCUUGAAUGUUGGCGAUAUCAACUUGGGUGAUCUCAACUUUGCUGUGUUCGGUCUUGGUGACAGCCACUAUUGGCCCCGUGAAGAGGAUGCCAUUUUCUACAACCGUCCUGGCAAGCAAUUUGAUGCCAAGCUUGAAUUGUUGGGUGCCAACCGCCUUGUUGAACUUGGAUUGGGUGAUGAUCAAGAUGCUGAUGGUUAUGAAACUGGUUUCCAAGCAUGGCAACCCGAGUUCUGGAAAUCCCUUGGUGUCAAGGAUGUGGGUGCUGAGGAUGAUGAGCCCAAGCUUACGGAUGACCAAAUGAAGAUCGACUCCAACUACUUGCGUGGUACUAUCGCUGAGGAUCUCAAGGAUGAGUCAACGGGUGCUAUUUCCGAAAUCAAUGGCAAGCUUCUCAAGUUCCAUGGUUCUUAUGGCCAAGAUGAUCGUGACAUUCGUGAGGAGCGCAAGAAGCAAGGUUUGGAGAAGGCUUACAGCUUCAUGAUUCGUGUUCGUAUGCCUGGUGGUGUUGCUACUUCCGAUCAAUGGUUGGUGAUGGAUGAGCUUGCCGAUCAAUAUGCCAAUGGUGCUAUCAAGUUGACCACUCGUCAAGCUUUCCAAUUGCAUGGUAUCUUGAAGCGCAACCUUCGUUCAACCAUCCGUGGUAUCAACCACUCUUUGCUCAGCACUUUGGCUGCUUGUGGUGAUGUCAACCGUAACAUCAUGGUUACUCCUGUCACUGAGAUCCCUGAAAUCCAUGAGCAAGUUCAAAAGUUUGCCGAUGAUUUGAUGCCUCGUUUGGCUCCCAAGACCAAUGCUUAUCACGAGAUUUGGCUUGCUGAUGAACCUGUGGCUGGCAAUGCUGUUCAAGACUUUGAGCCCCUUUAUGGUCCUACUUAUUUGCCUCGCAAGUUCAAGAUUGUCAUUGCUGUUCCUCCCAACAACGAUGUGGAUAUCUAUGCUCACGAUCUCGGUUUUGUGGCUAUUGUUGAGGACAAGAAGGUGGUUGGUUACAACAUCACUGUUGGUGGUGGUAUGGGUACAACACACAGCAACAAAAAGACCUAUCCUCGUCCUGCCUCGAUGCUUGGUUUCGUUAAGCCCGAAGAUGCAUUUGCCGUUGCUGAAGCUGUGAUGACUACUCAACGUGAUCAUGGUUGCCGUACCAACCGUAAGCAUGCUCGUCUCAAAUACACCAUCGAUGAUUAUGGCUUGGAUUGGUUCAAGGGCGAAGUUGAGAAGCGUAGUGGUGUCACUUUUGAGCCUGAGCGUCCCUUCGAGUUCCGUGACAAUGCUGAUCGCUAUGGCUGGAUCAAGGGUGUUGGUGACAAGUGGCACUUUGGCAUGUUUAUCGAGAAUGGCAAGGUGAAGGAUUGGCCCGAUUUCCCUGUCAAGACCGGUUUGCGCGAAUUGGCCAAAUGGCACAAGGGUGAAUUCCGCCUUACUCCCAACCAACAUUUGCUUAUUGCCAAUGUCCCUGAAGCUGACCUCGAAAAGACCAAGGCUCACCUUGCCAAGUACAAGAUGGACAAUAUCCAAUUCACUGGUUUGCGUUUGAAUGCUAUGGCUUGUGUUGCUCUUCCUACUUGUGGUCUUGCUAUGGCUGAAUCAGAAAGAUACCUUCCCAAGCUCGUUGGUUUGCUUGAAGAUAGUAUGAUUGAAGCUGGUCUUCGUGAUGAUGCCAUCACCAUCCGUAUGACGGGUUGUCCCAACGGCUGUGCUCGUCCCUACUUGGCUGAAUUGGCGUUCGUUGGCAAGUCCAUGGGUCGAUACAAUCUCUUGCUUGGUGGUGGUCACAAGGGUGAACGUCUCAACAAGGUAUACAAGGAAUCCUUGAAUGAGGAAGAGAUUCUUGAAGAAGUCAAGCCCAUGAUCAAGCGAUAUGCCACUGAAAGGAAUUCCGGUGAAGCAUUUGGCGACUGGGUCAUCCGAGCUGGCUAUGUGAAGCCAACAUUGUAUGGUAGAGACUUCCACGAUCAAUAA